UCCACGACGCGCGUAAUUACGCUUUAACUCCUCACAAUUUUAGGAUUUAAGUGAUGUGGGGACUGCGUCACAUGCAUCCGAUGUGAAUUUUAAACCAGCUCUCCAUCUCUCAAGGCACCAUGCAAGACCAUAACCUGAGUUCCUUCUGCUCACCUUUCAUGAGCGAUAACUUCCUAAAGGUCUCCGAGCGUUUCCAAAGAACUUUGAACUUUUCAAACGACUCUUAAAUAUCCUGUGUAUUGUUGAAGUUCCUUACACACAUUUGAGAUACGUUUUCCAGUAGCAAUUAGACAUGCAGAUCCGUGGUGUGCUGAGGAGCUGGGCCGGUCGGUCUGCGGUGCGCUCCUGCUUGCUGCUGCUCUUCAUCCACGUGAGCGCACCGGUGGAGGCGAGGAGCCAACACGGCCGUCGGACGCAAAGUCUGCGGGCGCAGCAGCAGCAGCAGCAGCAGCAGCCACUUGCGCACAGGGAGCGGGUGGAAGGAGCAGAGAGCUUUCCCUUAGACUUUACAGCCGUGGAGGGCAACAUGGACAACUUUGUGGUACAGAUAAAGAACUUGGCGCAGUCGCUGUACCCGUGCUCUGCGCAGAAGCUGGAUCAAGACAUGAAGUUGCACUUUUUGAAGAAUGUAACUGUGACUUGCAAUGAUGGGUCAGCAGCAGGGUACUACAUCAAGGAGUCCAAAGGCAGCAAGAGGUGGCUGCUGUUCUUACAAGGUGGAUGGUACUGUUUCAACAGGCAGACCUGUGACAGCAGGUAUGAGACAAUGAGGAGACUGAUGAGCUCCACCACAUGGCCGCAAACCAGAACAGGAACAGGAAUCCUGUCUCCUCAGCCAGAGGAAAACCCUCACUGGUGGAACGCCAACAUGGUCUUCAUCCCGUACUGCUCCAGUGAUGUGUGGAGCGGAGCCACUCCGAAGACAGAUCACAGUGAUUAUGCGUUUAUGGGCUCUCUGAUCAUUAAGGAGGUGGUGAAUGAGCUGCUGACAAAAGGUCUGGACAAUGCUAAGGUUCUGCUUCUGGCAGGAAGCAGUGCGGGCGGCACAGGUGUCCUGCUGAACGUGGACCACGUUGCAGAGCAGCUGGAGUCGCAGGGCCAGCGAGGGGUGCGGGUCAGGGGCCUGGCUGACUCCGGAUGGUUCCUGGACAACAGACAGUACAAACCCACAGACUGCCUGGACACCAUCAGCUGUGCCCCCACUGAGGCCAUAAAGAGAGGUAUCAGGUACUGGGGCGGUUUGGUGCCAGAGAGCUGCAGACAGGCUCAUGUGGGAGAGGAGUGGAAGUGUUUCUUUGGAUAUAAAGUCUUCCCCACGCUAAAAAGCCCGGUGUUCGUGGUGCAGUGGCUGUUUGACGAGGCCCAGCUGACGGUCGACAACAUCCACCUGACCGGGCAGCCCGUCAACGAGGGCCAGUGGAGAUACAUACAGAACCUGGCACAGGAACUGAGGAGCACGCUACGCGACGUACCGGCGAUGUUUUCUCCGGCCUGUCUGUCGCAUGUACUCAUCACUAGAACCUACUGGAUGGACAUUCAGGUGAAAGGCACCUCUCUGCCCAGAGCCCUCCACUGCUGGGACCGAAGCCUCCAAGACAACAACCACACCAACGGCAGCAACCGCAACCACGAAAAGCACAAGACGCCACCCGUGAGGGGUUGCCCACUACAUCUGAUUGACAGCUGCCCGUGGCCUCACUGCAAUCCCACCUGCCCGACUAUUCGCGACCAGCUGACGGGACAGGAGAUGAGCGCCAUCCAGUUCCUAAAGCACAUGGGCUUCGACGUGCAGAAGAUGGCCCAGCAGCACGGGAUGGACCCCAAGAAGCUACUGGGCAUGCUCAAUAACGGGAGCUGAGUUGCUUUUCUUUAAAGCGCAGAAAUGUUAGCGUAGCGUCAGUGAGGAGUUGUGCAGAGAAAAGAAGACGCCGAACAUAAAUGGAAGACAUCAGGAGCAUGAAAACUUAACUCAAAAGAGAAAACUGGCAAUACUUCCAAACGUCAUCUUCCAGCAACGACAAACAAGACCCAACUUCUGAAAAACCAAACGACUCGAAAACUCACGAGUGCCUGAAAGGUUGAGUCAGAUACAAUCAAACCAGAACGGUUAAGCUGUUUAAACACAACAUAAGGGAUCACUUGUUUUAACACAUAGAUAUAGAUAUGUUGUGUAGACAUGCUAGUAUUGCGAGGUGUACACAAACACAAUGAAAGGUGGGUACAGUGUGUGUGUGUGUGUGUGUGUGUGUGUGUAUACAGAGCAUACCGUACUAUAUGCGAGUGCAGUUGAGACUGUCAUGAUGGAAGUCUCAAAUAGUUUUGAUGGGAAAGAACAAGAUUGAAAACACCUCCCGGUUUGUUUUGUGGUGAUCUGGUGCGGUCGACUCUCCACAUUCACAGAUCCAUCGACGCUGCUGCUGUUUCUACCCUCAUCCAAAUAUGCUGCUUUUUCUAAUUUUUGGAAAAAUAAUAAUUGAAUGGGUAAUAUUUACUAAUAAAACGGUACAAAUAUUAAGGUUAUUACUUUGUUCUUCAGGGUACUUAAAAGUGAGAAAACUAUUUUUCUACUGAGAAUAUCUAGUAUGUUGUAUCUUAUAGUCAAAUACAGUUAGCUGCUGUAACAGUGUCUCCAUACCUUUUACUUUUGUAUUUGCAUGUUUACUUGAUAUAUUAUAACCAUAAGUACUAUUAAUGCCAAUAGUACAAACUGUAUCCAUAUUAUUUUCAGACUGUUGAAAAACGAUUGUUGUUGUUGUUGUGCUGUAGUCGUGCCCACACUUUAUACAAGGAGAACAAGUACGUGCUGAUAUGAUAAAACAUAAUUUAAUCACUAUAGUAUGACAAUACAGUGGCAGCUGUCACCCUAAAGGAGAAACUCAGAAAACCGGGAAAAUAAAAUGGAAAAACAAGAUUUCAUUUUCAGUAUUAUCAUACUCACAUCCACAACAUCCCAACGUUACCGAAUGUACAACAUGCAUACCAAUAAAAUGAUUUAAAACAAAUUCAAAGCAUUAAAAAAAACAUUGUAGCAUACAUACAGUGUUUUGCACAAGAAAUAUUAAAAACUAUUUGUUCACAGUUGAUAUGAAAGUGCUUUUUACGAGAGAUGACUGAAAUCCACGUGAACUGAUUAACAUCACUUUUUCUGUCCGUCUGUAACAUUUGACUUCCUAAAGUUUGAGUUCCGGCCUUUCAUCUAUAAACAGGACUGUAUAAAGCAGACAG